UCUCUGGUAACUGCAGGUGAUCCCAUGUCAAAGUACAUCACUAAGCAAAAAGUUGGAUCAGGAGCAUCGGGAACAGUGAUUGAAGCGAUGGACACCACAACAGGAAAGUCAGUUGCUAUCAAAAAGAUGGACUUGGACAAUCAGCCAAAAAAAGAACUCAUCAUCACUGAAAUAGAGGUUAUGAAAUCUCGACAUCAAGAAAACAUAGUGAACUACAUAGAAAGUUACUUAGUGAACAAGGAGCUGUGGGUGGUCAUGGAGUAUUUAGAUGGAGGCGCACUAACAGAUGUCGUUACUGAAACGGUUCUCUCUGAAGCUCAGAUUGCCGGCAUUUGCAAGCGUUGUUUAAGAGCUCUAUCUUUUCUUCAUAAACAUGAUAUCAUACACAGAGACAUAAAAAGUGACAAUGUUCUGCUCGGCAUGAAUGGAGAAGUGAAGUUGACCGAUUUUGGUUUUUGUGCUCAAGUAACUCCUGAGAAGGACAAGCGGAACACGAUGGUAGGAACGCCAUAUUGGAUGGCCCCAGAGGUUGUCUCAAGCAGAAAGCAGUAUAGUUACAAAGUGGACAUCUGGAGCUUGGGAAUCAUGAUAAUUGAAAUGUUGGAUGGCGAGCCUCCGUACCUCAAUGAAACUCCAUUGAAAGCCCUCUUCCUCAUCGCUGCAAAUGGCAAACCUCAGCUGAAAGAAGUCGACAAUGUUUCUCAGAUGUUGAAAGAAUUUUUAGAUCUUUGUUUGGAGGUUGACGUCGACAAGCGAGCUUCGGCCGAUCAAUUAUUGGAUCACCCCUUUCUCGAACUCGACGAUGGCUUAGUCACGCUGAAACAAAACAUCAUAGCUGCCAGGGGAGUCUUGAAGAAUCAGCAUCAACAAUCAUAA